AUAACCACAAGGUCACUUGUGGUCCGCCGGUGCUAGUAUUGUGGGGAUGCGAAUUUUCGUUGUGGUUAAAUUUAUUUAUGUACUUUAUUGCUUUAAAUACCAUUUUUUAUGGCACUUUUUUCCAGCAAAAUGUAAUUUCGAGAUAAGGAAAGCUAUCUACUAGCAUCAUUUUGUAUUCUUCCUUACCUCCACAACUUCCAUAUGUUUCCGAACAUCUGGCAUCAUGUAAUGAGUAUUUACUACACAUAGUCCUGAAACUCGGACUACUGUCAUACAAGACGUAGAUGUACACUCCAGAAGUUUUAGUAUCCUAAUCUCUCCGUUUAGCGGGAAUGGCAUAAAAAUCUCGAGGUUUCUCUAGAUCUGAGGAAGUCUCCAAACUUUGGAAAAACCACUAGACUUUGAGGAAGAGCAUUGGAAUUUGUGAAAAACCCUCAAGUCCACCCAAAAAUAAGGAGAUUAAUAUAUGUUACAGGAUUUUCUACCGGAAAAUCGUCUAGCAUAUUGAAUUAAGACUGUUUCAAAACCAUUUACAUGCAAGUAUUGCCGCGCAGGUAGUGAAGUUUAGACCCUAAUUUCUCCGAUAAUUGCUCACGGCAGUUUUCUGCGAGUCUAACACUCAUUUCAGGUUUUUUAAACAAUACGAAAUACUCUAAGGGGAACUAAAGUACUACUCCGAUAUCUGGAGCUAAUCAAUUCUUUUUAUCACUCUAUUAAGACAGGCUUUUAUUGAUUCCUCAAUAUCUACUGUUUAAAUAUUCUGAUGUUCUGCAACUAGCAGCAACUACUAUGUCACUUAUAUUUUCCUAACACCUCUUCGAUCCAUCUUCGCAUGUUUCGCUUCAGUGAGUACGUUUCUGGGUCAGCGAAAUUGGGCCAGAGGUUUGUAAUAGGGUGGUCAUCGAUUGUUUUAAAUGCAAAUACUUGAUAUAAAAGUUGGACCUUAUUACAAGUUUGCUCAUCGUACUUGUGGUUUCUUUUGUAAAGGAGGAACAAUGCACAGUUCUGCUUUCAGCCAUACUGAACCUAUGACUCUAGGUUCUCCUCCAGUAAACUCGAUUGGGACAGGGUCAAUUACUUCACCAGGCACUUGCCAAUAUCUUCCAGGAUUUUUAAUGAGUGAAAAUCCACAGGUCUUAGAGACGGCAUCAACAAGCUCAGAAUCUAAAGUUUCACGCCAAAAUGCAUUUUCACUUUCUGGGAAUUCGCACAAUAUACCAGCUUCACAGUAUAACAACAAACUGCAACCACGUUAUUUAAGUCAAGCGCAUGAGUCAAUCGGACGUCGUUUAACAUCACCUCCUACACGAAGUAUGUGGUCAACCGUUGGUGGUGCUGGUGUCCGUUCAAAACCCAGCGCAGAAAAUUUCGGUGGAAUAAAACACAGUACACCAAAUUACACUCUUGGUUCAUCGACGAAUCCUCCUGUAAAACAAAUAGGUGUUAGUCCUUUCCAGUCGCCGGGUGAUUCUAGUUAUCAUCGAACACCUUUGCAUAAUGUUGUAAAUAAUCGCCCACCUUUAGUUGGGUCACCACUCCAUAAUAACAGUAUUCUUGCAAAUAUAAACGAUGGGAAUAAGAAGCAAGAUGGUAUUAGUACACCUGAUCGUUUAGCGGAGGCUUUGCUUUCACAUCGAAGUUCCAACGACUUUGAUAAUGCGAAUCCACAUGAUUGUUGGGUAACUGUUUUCGGGUUCCCUCCAUCACGAGCUGCAUUUAUUCUUAACCAGUUCGCUCAACUGGGUACAAUAGAAAAACAUGUGAUUACAAACAGUGGUAAUUGGAUGCAUAUUAAAUAUCAAAAUAAAAUGCAAGCUCAUUGUGCUUUAAAUAAAAAUGGUAAAGUAUUCGGGGAUAAUACCAUGGUCGGUGUAUCAGUCUGUAAUGAUUCGGAAGUUAUGAAUGAUGAAAAGUGUGGCGUGUUUUCAAAGCAAACAAACCCAUGUAGCAUGAAUGAUUCUUUAUUCCUUAGUCCAUCAAAUGUUCAUCAUAAUCCAAUGAAUAUGAAACGUACUACUGAUGAAAACUGUAAAACAACAACCGGUGCAAUGAAUAAAACACCAUUACGCGACUUAAGCGGACUAAGGUCGUUGAAUGGUGUCGGUGGCGUUGGUAAUGGUGCAAAUAACUCUGGCAUUGAUUCUGCUAAUAUUUUUGCAGACAAAUCAGCAAAUAAUAUUGGAAGACAUAAUUCUAUGCGAUCAUUAGCUGCAUCAACACGACCAACAAAUUUAUCACGAACUACAAGUGUUCGACAGGAUAGAGAUUCAGGAUUAUUUUCUAAAGCAUUAGGUUAUAUGUUUGGCUGGUCAUAGAAACGAAAAAAACCCACUUGACAUAUCUAUAUUCCCAUUCAAUAGACUGAUUUGUUUAAAUGUAUCAUUUAUUGUCGUUGAUCCAUGUUUCAAUAUUACAUACAAUCAGUUUCUUCUUCUUUUUUAAAAAUAAACAGUUAUUGUUUCGCCUUCUUUUUAACCAUUUGUGAAAUAGAAGUAUUGAAUUAUCUUUGUACAACAAUUUUAUUCUUAAUUUUUUGUUCACCUUAUUAUUCAAAAGAUUUUAUCAAGUAAACUACAAUAAAAUGUAUUUGGUAUU